AUGCGUCUCAACUACGUCUCCGACCCUUCCUCCCUGGCGGACCCGAAGGAGAGGGAGAUAGCGGAGCGGAUAAAGGCCAGACGGCCCGGGAAUCAGCUGUUGGAUCUGGACCGGGCCUUGUUGAUUGCGCCGCACAUGGCGGAUGGAUGGAACUCCUUCCUCGGCACCGUCCGCAGCGAAAAGACAAACUCGCUUCCACCUAGCAUCCGCCAAGUCGCCAUCGCGCGCACGGUGGCCCUGAACCGGGGCUGGUUCGCCUGGCGCGCGCACCACGACCUCCUCCUCGCCUCCAGCGACACCAAGAUCUCGACACCCGCAAUCGACUACCUCCUAUCUGCCGAGCCCAAAUCGGCCCACGCCACCCCGCCCAGUGGAAGCGGGUUCACCGACAAACACAUGGCGGUGAUUGCCUACGUGGACUACAUGACCAAGGAUCUCAUGGUGCCGGAUGCCGUGUUUGAGAGGCUUCGCAGCCAGGGGUUUAGCGAGAGAGAGAUUGUCGAGAUCACCAUGUGUAGCUGUGCGUAUAAUUGCACGACGAGGUUUUUGUGGGCGCUGAAUGUCGGCGAGGGCAUCGAGUAUGGGCACAUGGCGCCCUUACCGGCCGAUCCGGCGCGGAGGGGGACUCUAUAA